CGCUGCUCCGGAGCGGACUGAUCUCCUGCAGCUCAGAAACACCGCGGAGCCCCGAGUGCGGAACCCCGAGUCUCCUCCGGCAGCCGUACUGUCUAUACUGCUCUUUCUCCCUCUGGAAAGCUCUGUGCAGAUGAUACAGGACCUGAAGGAGAACAGCUCUGAGCUCUGAGACCCUCUCCAGGUUCUCCAGGUUCUCCAGACCGCAGAGCGCGAGUGGAGGAGCGGAUCAGUGCGGCAGUAGGAACCCUUUAGCUAGCGUGACGAUGUGGCUGUGGGCUCCAAUGUGGCGGCGACUCCUGCUCUCCCUCCUGAUCACCCUCCCUUCUUGGUCACUCUGCAGAUCAUGUCCUCAGGACUGCACCUGCAAUACACCCAAGCUCAUCUUCUGCAUCCAGCGGCGCUCUUCCUCCAUGCCCCACAACCUGCCGGCCUCUACUCGCCAACUGUACGUGUUCCAGAAUGGAAUCAGCUCACUGCGCCAGCAGGACUUCCACAGUCUAACCGAGCUGGAGAUGCUGGACCUCAGCCAGAACCAGCUCACAGAGAUUCCUGAUAGGGUUUUUGAGUCUCUUACCUCCCUGCACAACCUAGACCUCUCUGCAAAUGAGAUCACCCACAUCUCAAUGGACAGCUUUGCUGGGCUGGUAAACUUAGAGAGGCUAUACCUCCACAGCAACAAAAUCCAGCGCAUCCACCCGGAUGCUUUUAAAAAUCUAGAGCAUCUACUAGAACUGAAGCUGCAGGGAAAUGAAAUCAAUGUACUUCCAGCUCUGCGUCUACAGAGAUUGCUCCUCCUGGACCUCAGCUUCAACAGUAUCCCUGCUCCAGGACCUGCUGACCUCCAGACGCCACACCUGGAGUCGUUGAAGAUGGCUGGGUUGGGACUUACCACCUUAGAUGAAGGACUGAUAAGAAGUUUGGGGAACCUGCAUGAUCUGGAUGUGUCUCACAACCAGCUUGCUGGAUUCCCACUUGCACUGAGAUCUGCAAAGGGGUUAAUCCGCCUCAACUUGGCAUCCAAUCCAUUGGGCUUGCUCAAGCAAGAGGACUUUCAGAACCUGGUGGCUUUGCAGGAGCUAGAUCUGAGCAACCUGAAUCUGCAAGGGUUCCCAGUAGGUUUUUUCCAGAUGUUCCCAAGAUUGCAACAGAUCACAGCUGCUGAAAACCCCUUCAUCUGUGUCUGUCCACUGGCCUGGUUGCCCAGCUGGCUAAAAGACAGGAAAAUAGUGCUUGGACGGAUGGAGGAGACACGAUGCCACUUUCCUCCUCUGAAUGCGGGCAAGGUGCUGGCUGAGCUGGAGCACAAGGACUUUGGCUGCCCUACUACUACAACCGAACUGUCUGACGGGCUAAUCAUAAGCAGCAGCACACACAAACCUCCGGUACCCACAACUGCUCUGGUGACCACCCAUGGCUUCCCUCCUCUCCCACCCAGUGAGGAGCCAUCUGCUGAGACAAACUCAGAUCUGUCCCCUGAGGUAACUGUCUCUCCAAGCAGCCAGGAGGAACACCAAGAACACAUGUGCCCCUCAAACAUCUGCCUGAAUGGGGGCACUUGCAGAUUUGACCAACGGGGACAAGUAGACUGUCUGUGUCCUCCAAGCACAUCUGGACCAUAUUGUGAGAACCAGGAUGAAUCGCAUCCUCUUCCACCAGAUUAUACUGAUGCCACAGUUGCUGUGUUAGAGGGUAUCAGCUCCCAUCAUGUCACCAGCACCUCCAUCUCACUGGACCUGCACCGGUACAUCGAAUCCCGGCCACACAUCCGCGGUAUUCGCCUCACUUACCGCAACUUGUCCGGACCAGACCGCAGACCCCUACACCUUAACGUGCCGUCUUCCUACCCAGAGUACACCUUGAGAGGGCUGCUGCCCAACUGCACCUACUCCGUAUGUGCCAGUCCACUGGGUGAGCCCGUAGGCGCCGUGAGCUCCUGCAUGGAGGCUCGCACUACGUUUGUACUGCUGUCUCAAGAACCCAGAAUGAAUAUUAGUGAACCAUCACCCACUCUCGUACCCAUACUGAUAGCGGUGGCUGUGGUGAUGGCAGUGGCCAUAAUUGCAGUGGUGGUGGUGGUUUUACGGAGGAGGAGAGCCAAAAGCCCCGCAGAUAUGGAUCUAGGUGAGCCAGCACCUUUUGAGUUAGAAGGAGUCAAGGCAUGCAUGGAAAACGGGUUGACACCUCACAAACACCCUGAGAUCAUGCCUUGCCCUCCUGCAUGUCAAAACGGCAUGGAAUACGAAGUCCCGCUGAUCCAAGAACAGUUCCCAGCCAACAACAACACAGAGGGCAGGAUGCCUCCGUAUAUAAAAAUGCAAAAGUGUGCUGCUCAGACCUCCGGCACCUAGAAAGUGAUGUAUGUUCUGCAUUAUCCCUGCAGGCAGGCACAGUACAGACACUGCACAUUUUGGUGGACAGAUCAUGUAGAGUUUUACCUUUGUAAAAGUAUUUGAAACAAGUGCAAUUGCCAACUGAAAGUUGUAUUCAGUGUUGUUAAAUCAGAAGUGCCUUCCAUGCAUGUAAAAGAGAAAAAUACAAGCUUCAACUGAAAUAGUUUUCUAAUGAAAGUAGAAGCUACACAGUGCGGGAGAUCCUGGAUGCGUUGAAAUCGAUGUAUUGAGUGGGUCUAAAGAGGAGAAUGUGACAGAACCAGAGGGGAAAGGUUUGGUGGGAUUCUAAAGACUUAUUACCUACCUACCAUCCGACUGCAGACUUCAAUUCUCUCUCCCCCCAAACAGAAAUGUACUGGCCUAUGAUCUCCGGCACCCUGACCUGGUCCAGAACCACAGUUAGAGUUGGACCUGAAAAGAAAAGAUCAGCACUCUUAUGACUGUGUGAAAACUUUGGAUUGACUGUUUUUCAGAAGGAUAUAUGGGAGUAUAUUUGUGACUGCCUCUGUAUCUGAACCCUGCACUGAUUGGAGCUCUGACUCUGUGAUGUAGAGAGAGUAGAGAACACGGACAAGCUCUUCUUCGCAUCUUUCCUUCAUGCUGCAGCUUCAGAAGGGCCUCCUAACUCCUUAAGUCUUCUUUGUAGAGAUUUGCUGUGAAAGAUGAAACUUACCAUAAGGAGUCUGUUUGCCCUACUGUGUAGUUUUGUGUUGUUUAUGUGAAGGUUUUUUUCUUUGUAAAGCUUUGUGACUUUAAACCGCUGAAAUUGUUACCAGAACUCAUUUCUCUUGCAUUGUAACUUCAAGACUAGCAAGCAUCACAUCUCCCUUCCUCCCAGAGAGGCGAGUUUGUAGUCCAUCAACUGACAAGUCAUUAAUUACAGUGACAAUUAAGUACAACAAACGGUCAUCUGUCCUAACGACAUUCUGUUUUAUUCUGUUACAAAUGUAACAAAGUAACAAAUUUCAAAAAUUGUUCUCAUGUUUUACAUUGACAUUAUCAGUCUAUUGUUCCCUGACUGUUUUGUUUAAGGCAGAAUUUUGGAAUGUUCAACCUAACAUUUGACAUUUUAAUUUUAAUUCAUUUAAUUAAUGUCCUCAAUGCAGUGGCAGAACAGCAGAAUUCAUGUGUGUAAAA